UUGUUUACGUUUGUUCAUAUUUAAAAACUGUUUAAUAAUUUUGAAUGAUGUCGUUUAAUUGGGACAAUAUCAAUUGUGCUUCUCCAAACCUGGAGAAUUCUGGAUACUUCUUCUCUAUUCGUCAUGUCGAGCAUGAGAAACACUGGAAAGACUGCGAAAAGGCCCCAGAAGAAAAUGAAGAUUGUAAGGAGAAUCUUGCGCCCUGCUCAGAGGUAAUUCAGAAUGUUGUAGAAGAGAAAGAAAAGGAAAAAGUUCUUGAGAAAAAUAAGAAAGCUGAAAACCAGAAAGAAAACAAAAUAACUAAAAAAGUCCCAUUGAAAACUCGUGUCAAUUUGCAAAAUGCUUCUUCCAAGAAUUACUUAAAAAUCCCUAAAACCGUCCCUAAAAUUGAAAUACCGAAGAUUCAGCAAAAAAUAGGGGAUAUAAAGAGAGACAAGAAACCACUUACUUCGAGAAUUGUCCAGUCGAGGACUGUACAACAGCCGAAAGUACAGAAGGAUGUUAAAAUUGAUAGCAAAAAGGUCAAAGAAUUUCGAGCAAAACCUGCACCAAAUUUCAAACGACUUCACGAGCAACAAAAAAAGCAAGUAAAAAGGCAGCCUACUGUAACUAUCCCUCAAACACCUACAGUUCUGAGGAAAUCGCAAAUGCAGAAAUCUGAGAAUAAGAAGGAAGUCAAGAAAACCUUUAGGAAUCCCAUCAAACAGCCUGCUUUCAAGACCGUUCCGGCCGUUCCUGCUCUGAAGAGGGAACCCUUCCGCCCUAAGAAGGAAGUUAAGACAACUCUGGUCAUUCCAUUUAAUUUCCAAACAAGACAACGCCAUGAGGAUCGUCUUCGGUAUGAUGAUAUAAUGCGACAGAUGAGAGAACUCAAAAUCCAGCAAAAAUUAAAUGAGAAGCGAAAGCAGGAGGAAGAUCUUAGGAAGCAACUGCGCAAGAAGACAGAAUUCAAGGCUCGUCCCAAUCCAUUUAAAUAAAAUGCAUGUUGAUUUUUCUUUAUCAAAUUGUAAAAAUUUUAAAUUUUUCUUUAAAUCCCAUA